CUUAAAAGUUAAUUUAGUUUAACAAUUUAGCGUGUGAGCUCUUCUCUCUCAUUCUCCGCUUUGUCUGUUGGAAUUAUCCUCCGCGUGAAUUCGAUUCGUUCCAUUUCUCGCGACCUUAUCCGUUUUCUUCAUCUAUCCCAAACUUUCGAUUUUCUUUCUUUUUUUCUCGCGCGGGAUAUUUGUUUUUUGUUCUUUCCUUCAGAUUGUUCUCCGCGAAUCAAAGAAUAUUCCUGCGUUCCGCAUUGGCGCUGGAUUUUGUGGGGUUUCUGGAUUGGAGAAAGAGUUUUAAGAGUGAAAAGGGGGACUCGAAGGGUUAACACGAGAUUACUUUUGAGUUUUUUUGAACUUUGUGUGGUGACAAGUGUGUGUGGAAGUUUUUGUUUGGAUGAGAGAUGUCGAUACCUAAAGAGCCAGAGCAGGUGAUGAAGCUGAGAGAUGGAUCGGUGCUUGGGAAGAAGACGAUUCUCAAGAGCGACCAUUUCCCCGGAUGUCAGAACAAGCGUAUGUCUCCUCAGAUCGAAGGCGCUCCCAAUUACCGUCAGGCUGAUUCGCUACGUGUACAUGGUGUUGCAAUCCCAACCGCUGUUGGGAUACGAAACGUUCUCAGGCACAUUGGAGCUCACAAAGACAGCAGACAAGUACAAGUCCUUUGGAUUAGUCUUAGAGAGGAACCGGUAGUAUACAUAAAUGGGAGACCAUUUGUUCUACGUGAUGUGGAGAAACCUUUCACCAAUCUUGAGUACACGGGGAUCAACAGGGUACGGGUAGAGCAAAUGGAAGCACGGUUAAAAGAAGAUAUUUUAAUGGAGGCGUCUAGAUACGGCAAUAAGAUACUCGUCACUGAUGAACUGCCAGAUGGUCAGAUGGUGGACCAAUGGGAGCCAGUAUCAACUGAUUCCUUAAAGACGCUGCUUGAGGUUUACGAAGAACUGCAAGCUGAAGGCUACCUUGUCGAUUAUGAACGUGUUCCUGUAACGGAUGAAAAGUCCCCAAAAGAAACAGAUUUUGAUACGCUGAUUAGGAAGAUAUCUCAGGCUGACAUUAACACAGAGAUAAUUUUCAAUUGUCAAAUGGGACGUGGACGUACCACGACUGGAAUGGUCAUUGCGACUCUAGUCUAUUUCAAACGUACUGGGGCAUCAGAUCAAGGAUUCCCAAGAAACAACUCUUUUGGGAGAAUCUUUAAAGCCGGUGAAAAUAUUACUAUUAAUCUACCAAAUUCUGAGGAGGCAAUCCGUAGAGGGGAAUAUGCAGUUGUUAGAAGUUUGAUACGAGUCUUAGAGGGUGGCGUAGAAGGCAAAAGACAAGUGGAUAAAGUCAUCGACAAAUGUGCAUCCAUGCAGAAUUUACGUGAGGCGAUUGCAACCUAUCGCAGUAGUAUUUUGCGUCAACCAGAUGAAAAGAAGAGAGAGGCAGCACUCUCAUUUUUUGUUGAGUACUUGGAAAGAUAUUACUUCCUUAUAUGCUUUGCUGUAUACAUUCAUUCAGAGGGUGCUUUCCUCCAAUCUGGUUCGCUUGGCCAUGUCAGUUUUACUGAUUGGAUGCGAGCUAGGCCAGAGCUCUACAGCAUUCUUCGCAGGUUGCUAAGAAGAGAUCCUAUGGGUGCCCUUGGAUAUGCAGCUAUGAAGCCUUCUUUGACAAAGAUUGCAGAAUCUACUGAUGGCCGCCCUCAUGAGAUGAGUGUCGUUGCUGCACUUAGAAGUGGGGCAGUGCUGGGAAGUCAAACUGUUCUGAAGAGUGAUCAUAGCCCUGGUUGUCAAAUUUCAAGUCUACCGGAGAGGGUGGAAGGUGCACCAAAUUUUAGAGAGGUUCCAGGGUUUCCUGUGUAUGGUGUGGCGAACCCAACUAUAGAUGGUAUUCGAUCUGUCAUUGAAAGGGUUGGAAGUUCAAGAGGUGGUCGACCCGUUUUUUGGCACAACAUGAGAGAGGAACCUGUUAUAUAUAUCAACGGGAAACCGUUUGUUCUACGUGAAGUUGAAAGGCCGUAUAAGAACAUGCUGGAAUAUACGGGGAUUGAUCGGGAUAGAGUUGAAGGAAUGGAGGCUCGUUUGAAAGAAGAUAUUCUGAGGGAAGCUAGGCGGUAUGAGGGUGCGAUCAUGGUCAUUCACGAAACCAAGGAUGGACAAAUUUUUGACUUAUGGGAACAUGUGGACGCUGACUCUGUUCAAACACCCCUCGAGGUCUACAAAUGUUUAGAGGCUGAUGGUUUUCCUAUUAAGUAUGCGCGUGUACCUAUAACCGAUGGUAAAGCGCCCAAAAGCUCAGACUUUGACACGUUGACAUCGAAUAUUGCUUCUGCUUCCAAAGACACUGCUUUUGUCUUCAAUUGCCAGAUGGGGAGAGGUAGGACAACCACUGGAACUGUCAUUGCCUGUCUAGUGAAGCUCCGCAUCAAUUAUGGGAGACCUAUCAAGGUUCUGUAUGAUGUUCUGACCCAUGAGAUUGUGGAUGAAGAUUCCUCAAGUGGUGGUGAAGAAACCGGAAGUAAUAACGCUGAAACGAGACCUCGUAAUUCUGGACGAAGAACUGAGGAAGAACAUGGCCGUACAUUUGGAAUGGACGACAUCCUUCUGCUCUGGAAAAUCACUAGGUUAUUCGAUAAUGGAGUUGAAUCUCGCGAGGCGUUGGAUGCUGUGAUUGAUAGAUGUUCUGCAUUGCAAAAUAUUCGUGAAGCUGUUCUGCAGUACAGGAAGGUUUUCAAUCAGCAACACGUUGAGCCGAGAGUAAGAAGUGCUGCAUUGAAACGUGGCGCUGAAUACUUAGAGAGAUACUUCCGGUUGAUUGCUUUCGCAGCUUAUCUUGGAAGCGAAACUCUUGACGACUUUUUCGUGAAAGGAGAGUCGAAGAUGACUUUCAAGAAUUGGUUGCAUCAGAGACCUGAGGUGCAAGCGAUGAAGUGGAGCAUAAGGCUAAGGCCUGGAAGAUUUUUUACCAUUCCCGAGGAAUUGCGGGCACAGCACGAAUCGCAACACGGUGAUGCAGUCAUGGAGUCGAUUGUCAACGAACGGAGUGGUUCGGUCUUGGGUAAAGGUUCUAUACUUAAAAUGUACUUUUUCCCUGGCCAAAGAACUUCAAGUCGCAUGCAGAUUAAUGGAGCGCCUCACGUGUACAAGGUCGAUAGAUAUCCUGUGUAUAGCAUGGCAACUCCCACAAUAUCCGGAGCUAAAAAGAUGCUCGCUUAUUUAGGCACCAAACUAAAGGAAGAAGGUGGAGAUUCAGCAGGAAGAAUAGUAGUCACAGACUUGAGAGAAGAAGCAGUUGUUUACAUCAAUGGAACUCCGUUUGUUUUGAGAGAAUUGAGUAAACCUGUUGAUACCCUCAAGCAUGUGGGGAUAACCGGUGCAGUGGUAGAAAGCAUAGAAACACGGUUAAAAGAAGAUAUAUUGUCCGAGGUUAGAGAAACUGGUGGUCGAAUGCUAUUGCAUCGUGAAGAAUAUAGCCCUGCAUCGAAUCAGUCUCGGGUUAUAGGAUAUUGGGAAAAUAUUCAACCAGAGAAUGUGAAGACACCUGCAGAAGUAUAUGCUGCUUUGAAAAAUGAAGAUUACAACAUAUCUUACAGGAGAAUACCAUUAACCAGAGAAAGAGACGCAUUAGCUACCGAUGUAGACGCAAUCCAGUAUUGUAAAGACGAUUCCGCUGGGAGUUACUUAUUUAUAUCGCAUACCGGUUUUGGAGGAGUUUCUUAUGCAAUGGCCAUUACUUGUCUCCUACUUCAGCCUGGUCAGAAAAUUACAGCAACACCAAACACAGAUUCUUCUACCUUAGAAGAAGUAGAUUCGCCUUCAGGGGCUUGUGAUGAAGAAGCGUUGAGUAUGGGAGAUUACCGAGACAUACUGAGUCUCAUAAGAGUGCUUUCUCAUGGUCCUCAAAGCAAAUCAGACGUAGAUGGAAUAAUCGAACUGUGUGCUGGUGCAGGACAUUUGAGAGAAGACAUUGUUUACUACACCAAAGAACUCAAGAAGCUUCCUAACACAAAAGAUGAAACCCGUUCAUACAUGAUGGACAUGGGUGUUAAAGCCUUAAGGCGCUACUUUUAUCUGAUAACAUUCAGAUCAUACCUCUAUUGCACGUCGCCGGAAGAAAUGAAAUUCUUGGAUUGGAUGCGGUCGCGGCCGGAACUUGGACAUCUUUGUCAUAACCUCAGGAUUGACAAAUGAUAAAGUAUUAUUGAGUUUCAGUUAAAUAUAUAUAUCAAUGUAGGCGAGUUAUGUUGUUUGGUUUUUUUAUAUAGCUUUAGUGUAUAAAAAAAAAUGUAGAGCUUUCUCUCCUGUGUUUGCAUUGUACAUAGUGAGAGAUCUCUGUCUAUAGGUUUGCCCUUAUGAGAUUUGCUUAUACAAGCAGUUAAUUCUGAUCAAUAAGUACCUUUUCUUUAUAUUUUAAAAAAUUAAUAAAAUAAAAUACACAAUAUAUAUUUAUAAAUUUUAGCCUUUCUUCGAAGCAAAUUUUGAUUUGAUUUUUUCGACUUCUUUCGUCCCGAUCUGAAGCGCCGUCGUUAGAACGUGAUCUGGGAUCGCCGGAGUCGCCGUGAAAAGCGUGGCGGCGAUGGACUGUGUUCCCGGUAACUGACUGUUAAACGCCGAGAUCACCGACGCUGGUUUCGCUAUGUCGUUGUUCUUCUGGUAAUGAAUCAGUCCCCUCGGGAAGACAAACACUUCUCCCUUCUUCACAGUCUUGGCGAAGAGCUUGUUCGCCGUCGUGAUGAAUCCGACGUCAAGCUCGCCUUCCAACACGAAUAUUACUUCGGUGGCGCGUGGGUGCGUGUGCGGCGGGUUUAAACCUCCAGGCGCGUAGUCGAUACGCGCGAGGGAGACUCCGAGCGUGUUGAGCCCCGCGAUCUUCUCUACGUUAGCUCCCGUGACUGCGGAGCCGACUGUGUUGUUAACGACGGCGGUUUUUCCGAUCCCGGCGAAGAAGAAAUCUGAGGCGGUGAUGUUUGAUUCCGGCUUACAUGAGAACCCAUUCACGUGCAUUCCUACAAUGGGAUCUGCAACGCAUAGAUCUUGAAGCGAGUCAGGAUCGUAAGCAAGAGCAACUACAGUGAGAUAUAACAAAGCAAAGAAGAACGCACAACAUCUCGAGUCCAUGAUGCACUUGUACAAGAGCAAGUAAACAAGAGAGACGAAGAUAUAUUGAUCCUGAGAUUUGAAUCUGUGAUAUCUUUAUGUCUCGAUUGGAUCGUUAUAUAUUUGAAUUCGUUGAGGAAAAUUAUGCACAGCUAAACUAACUUAAACGCAAAGCAAAAUUGGAGGAGAGAUGUGAUGUCGUUUUCUUAAAGAUGUUUGUUGCAUCUUUUAUUUAAACUUUUUCAAGGCUUUUGUUUUGGUUUUCUCGAAUUAAAACGGAUCCUAUUCCCAAACAUA